AUCACAGAUUUGAAGGGUGAAAGCCACCUUGCAGAGAGCUUGAAGCUUAAGAUCUCUGCCUUAGAAGAAGUCAAUGAAGAACUUGAAGACAAGGUGAACAUCUUAAACACAGCACUGGAGCAGAUGCAAAAAGACAUGGACGCCAUGACAGCUGGCGAUCCCAUAACGGCCAAGCUGAGAAAAGAGAAGGAAGAAGCAGAAGGCCAGACCAAAGAAAUUCGGUUGAAGAUUGACUUCCUGAACUCUGUGAUUGUGGAUCUACAGAGGAAGAACGAUGAGCUGAUCCGCCGUAUUGACCAGUUGGAGAGUGGUGUGAAUGGGGAGGACCUGUUCGAUGAAGAGGAAGAGAGACUAAGACAACUCCCCCCUCCCCGACUCUACUGCGACAUUUGUGAUGUAUUUGACGAACACGACACAGACGACUGCCCCAAACAGGCCACGGAGUUCGAGGAGUACGCCUCCCACUCACAGUAUCACGGGGACAUACAUACAAUGUACAUAAGGAACAUACAAGGGUUUCCUCCAGUGAGGUCAGUUCUGUAGCCUGAGUGUGGAUCAGCUGACUGAGAUCAUCAGCCAGGAUAAGCUGGAGGUUAAAGAGGAGACAAGAGUGUGGGAGGCUGUGGUGAGAUGGGUGCAGCACAGCAGGGAGGACAGACUGCAGCAUCUACCCAGCAUCCUCCCUCACAUCCGCUUCAACCUGCUGACCUCAGGCGACACGGCAGCCAUCUUGGAACAUCCCCUGGUCAGGGAGGAUCCUGGGAGUUCUGAGGUCAUCAGGAAUGUGGUACGCUCCAACCAGAAGCCAAGGCUUGCAAUGACCACAGAAAUGGUUCUGUUGCGUCAUGAAGUGAACGAUAAAAAGAUGCUGUGGAUGAACCCAGGAGAAGGGAAGUACAUCUGGUGUGACUAUGGCCAACCAGUAUGUCCAUACAGGGGUGUGGUUACUUGUGAUAAUGAGAUCUAUGGCUUGGCUACAGAUCCAGACAGCAUCUAUAUGUGUAAAUACAACCAUGUUGAGAACAAGUGGGAACAAAAGUCUACCGUGUGCAAAGGAUGUGAAAAACCGGGACUUCCAUACCGGGAUAUAUAUAACCACCUGAUGGAAGUCGAUGGACAUCUUUUUUACCUUGAUGAAGCUCCAGAGGUGGUAUUGAAGAAAUACAACCAGCAUAAGAAUGAGUGGCAAAACUGUUCAACACCUGAUUAUGGUGAGUUUGACUCCUUCUUUGCAGUGUCCUGCAAUCAGCACAUCUACCUCUUCACAGUAGCAGAAAUGCAUUGGUACGACCCAAGGGAAGACCAGUGGUCCAAGAAAGCCCUGUCAGUCUACGGCCUUAAUGAGGUAUGGCAGUUGCCAUGGGAACAGAGAUCUUUUGGAUGGAUCCUGACCACUCCAACAUGUUGGUGUAUGAUACAGAAGCAGACAGCUGGUCUGAACAUCCAGUCCCAAGCUUUCAGGAGACUGAGAAUAAUCCAGACAUAUACGUUGAAGAUGGAGCUUUCUUUGUACUCCAAAACAGGAAGCUGCAUGCAAUAGUGGAUUAUGAUUGCCCAAAAUGGGCCAACAAGCUAGAGCUACUUCAAGAGGUUUUCGUGUAUGACAGGCCUGAAGGUGUUUGGAGAGAGUCAUCUGAACUGCCUUUUGGGCGGCAGUGUGUGUACAAGUGUACAGACGUCGUGGCUCGUAUGUACCUACCAUAUCUGAACACCAGCCAUGCAGACACACAGGAUGCAGCAAACCCAGAGGGACCAAGUGGAGAAUAGUUUUGGUAGUGUACAACCCAUCUAGCCUGGUUACCAAACCUAUUAUAGCUCCAGAGUCCUACAGUCUCUCCGCAAAUAGCUUAUAAUAGCCUAUAAUA